AUGGCCGAACCGACAAAGAUCAAGGUUCUUGGCCGUGAGAGUAUUGUUGCCGACUUUGGCAUCUGGCGGAACUACGUGGCUCAGGACUUGUUAUCCAGCUGCUCCUCCACGACUUAUGUUGUUAUCACUGACACGAACAUCGGCCCCAUUUACGCUCAACCUUUUCGCAAUGCCUUCGAAGCCGCUGCUGCCGCCGUGUCUCCCACUCCCCGUCUGCUGAUUCAUGAGAUUCCUCCCGGCGAAAUCUCGAAGUCUCGUCAGGGCAAGGCUGAUAUCGAGGAUUGGAUGCUCAGUCAAGACCCGCCAUGCGGCCGGGAUACUGUGAUUAUAGCCUUGGGGGGAGGUGUGAUUGGAGAUUUGACCGGAUAUGUCGCAGCAACCUACAUGCGAGGCGUGCGUUUCGUCCAAGUGCCGACGACGCUCCUGGCCAUGGUGGAUUCUUCGAUUGGAGGGAAAACCGCUAUCGACACGCCGUUGGGAAAGAACUUGAUCGGGGCGAUCUGGCAACCGACCAGGAUCUAUAUCGACCUCGAGUUUUUAAACACUCUCUCCGAGAGGGAAUUUAUCAAUGGCAUGGCGGAAGUUAUCAAGACCGCGGCUAUCUCUGACGAAAACGAGUUUACGGCCCUCGAAGACAACGCCGAAAUAAUAUUGAAAGCUGCGAAGAGCAAGCCAGGUAGUGGUCGGUUUGAUGGCAUUCGAGAGAUCCUCAAGCAACGAAUCCUCGCCUCAGCCAGGUACAAGGCGUACGUUGUCUCAGCCGACGAACGCGAAGGUGGUCUACGAAACUUGCUUAAUUGGGGCCACUCCAUCGGCCAUGCCAUUGAGGCGAUCCUGACUCCACAGAUCCUGCAUGGCGAGUGUGUGGCCAUUGGCAUGGUUAAGGAAGCUGAGCUCGCAAGGUACCUUGGCAUCUUGAAGGGGGUUGCUGUCGCACGCGUUGUCAAAUGUCUUUCGAGCUACGGGCUCCCAACUUCCCUAAAGGAUCAACGAGUUAGGAAACUCUCUGCUGGAAAGCAUUGCUCUUUGGAGCAAAUCAUGGCCAAUAUGGCAUUGGACAAGAAGAACGACGGUCCAAAGAAGAAGAUCGUUCUUCUAUCGGCGAUUGGACGAACCUAUGAGCAGAAAGCAAGCGUGGUGGCUAAUGAGGCUAUCAGAGCGGUUUUGGCGCCUAGCAUUGAGGUUCAGCCGGGCGUUCCCAAAACACUGAAUGUGACCUGUGUGCCACCAGGUUCCAAGAGUAUCUCGAACAGGGCUCUCGUUCUUGCGGCUCUCGGUUCUGGAACUUGCCGUAUCAAAAAUCUGUUGCACUCCGAUGAUACGGAAGUGAUGCUCAAUGCUCUCGAGCGGCUAGGCGCUGCUACCUUCUCAUGGGAAGACGAGGGUGAGGUGCUCGUCGUCAAUGGAAACGGAGGCAAACUGCAGGCAACCCCUACGCCGCUGUAUCUGGGUAAUGCCGGUACAGCCUCAAGAUUCUUGACGACGGUUGCGACCCUCGCCACCGCAGGUUCUGUCGAUUACAAUGUCCUCACUGGCAAUAACCGCAUGAAACAACGACCGAUUGGAGAUCUGGUCGACGCUCUUACAGCGAAAGGGGCCCAGAUCGAAUAUAUGGAGAGGACGGGUAGCUUGCCGCUGAAGAUUGCUGCCUCUGGCGGAUUUGCUGGUGGGAGAAUCAAUCUCGCUGCAAAGGUGUCCUCUCAGUACGUUUCCUCACUGCUGAUGUCUGCACCUUAUGCCAAGGAGCCGGUGACUCUGAAGCUUGUGGGUGGCAAGCCGAUCUCUGAGCCUUAUAUUGACAUGACCACUGCGAUGAUGCGAGCUUUCGGUAUAAACGUAGAAAAAUCUACAACCGAGGAAUACACUUAUUACAUUCCCCAGGGCACUUACACCAAUCCGCCAGAAUAUGUUGUGGAAAGUGACGCUAGUUCCGCCACGUAUCCUCUGGCAAUCGCAGCAAUAACGGGUACCCGUUGCACGGUUCCGAACAUUGGUUCGAAGUCUCUUCAGGGAGAUGCGCGCUUUGCGGUCGAUGUCUUGAGACCAAUGGGCUGCACAGUUGAGCAGACGGGGACUUCGACGACGGUGACGGGCCCUUCGGAUGGCAUUUUGCGACCACUGCCCAACAUUGACAUGGAGCCGAUGACGGAUGCUUUCUUGACAGCUUCUGUUCUUGCUGCUGUAGCCAGAGGUGAGGGAUCGAACCACACGACACGGAUUUACGGAAUCGCAAAUCAACGGGUUAAGGAGUGUAACCGUAUCAAAGCUAUGAAAGAUGAACUGGCUAAAUUCGGUGUGGUUUGCCGUGAGCACGAUGAUGGUCUUGAGAUUGACGGGAUCGAUCGGUCGACUCUACGACACCCUGAGGAGGGAAUCUUUUGCUAUGAUGAUCACCGUGUUGCGUUCAGCUUCAGUGUUCUAGCCCUGGCCGCUCCCCAACCGACUCUCAUCCUUGAGAAGGAAUGUGUUGGUAAGACGUGGCCCGGCUGGUGGGACACGCUCUCACAGAUUUUUGGAGUAAAACUGGAGGGCAAGGAAGUGGUAGAAGACAGCAAAACAUCCGGGACUGCACGCACUGACCGGUCGUCUGCGUCCAUCCUCAUCAUCGGCAUGCGCGGUGCUGGCAAGACCACAAGCGGACGCUGGAUCGCGAAAGCCCUGAAUCGUCCCUUUAUCGAUCUCGACAUCGAACUGGAAACUCGGGAAGGCCAGACGAUUCCAGAAAUCAUCAAGGAACGAGGCUGGGAAGGUUUCCGAGAAGCGGAAUUCGCUCUACUCCAGCGUGUGAUUGCGGAGCACCCUACCGGCUACGUCUUCGCGUGCGGAGGUGGGAUUGUCGAGACACCGGAGGCGAGAAAGUUACUCAUCGACUACCACAAAAAUAAAGGAAACGUUCUCCUUGUCAUGCGGGAUAUCAAGCAAGUAAUGGAAUUCUUGCAGAUUGACAAGACGCGUCCAGCCUACGUUGAGGACAUGAUGGGUGUCUGGCUCCGCCGCAAACCAUGGUUCCAGGAAUGCAGCAAUAUUCAAUACUACAGUCAGCACAGCAGCUCGAAUAAGCUUGCGCUUGCCUCAGAGGACUUCACCCGGUUCCUCAAGGUCGUCACUGGGCAGUUGGAUUCUCUGGCCAUCAUCCGGGAGAAGGGUCUGUCCUUCUUCGUGUCUCUCACAUUGCCUGACUUGCGUCCACAUGGAGACCUUCUCAAGGUUGUGUCUGCAGGGUCCGACGCAGUUGAACUCCGCGUCGACCUGCUUGAGGAUCCCGAUUCUGACAGCGGAAUUCCUUCCGUCGACUAUGUUGUAGAACAGAUUUCUUUCAUCCGCAGUCGUGUUGCUCUGCCUUUGGUCUUCACCAUCCGAACGAAGAAGCAAGGCGGCCGGUUCCCGGAUGACGCCCAUGACGCGGCAUUUGAAUUAUACCGACUUGCAAUUCGAAGCGGAUGCGAGUUUGUAGACCUCGAGAUCACGUUCCCGGACGACAUGCUGCGAGCUGUGACUGAGAUGAAGGGCUACUCCAAGAUCAUCGCCUCUUACCACGACCCGGAAGGCAAACUGUCUUGGGCAAACGGGUCGUGGAUCCAAUUCUACAACAAAGCCCUACAGUACGGAGACAUUGUCAAGCUGGUUGGUGUUGCGAAAUCUCUGAAUGACAAUAUCGCUUUGAAAGAGUUCAAGGACUGGGCGGAACAGUCGCACGAUGUUCCAGUCAUUGCUAUCAACAUGGGUGACAAGGGGCAGCUCAGCCGUAUACUCAACCGUUUCAUGACUCCGGUGUCACAUCCAAAGCUUCCCUUCAAAGCCGCUCCAGGCCAGCUCUCCGCGUCGGAGAUUCGCAGAGGCCUCUCGUUGAUCGGCGAAAUCAAACCCAAGAAAUUCGCACUCUUUGGAAAGCCCAUCUCGGCCUCCCGAUCGCCGGCUCUUCACAACACGCUCUUUGACCAGAUGGGACUCCCACACGAAUACGGCCGCUUCGAGACCGACAAUGUUCAGGAUGUCAAAGACUUGAUCCGCUCUCCAGACUUCGGCGGUGCCUCCGUCACGAUCCCUCUCAAGCUGGACAUCAUACCUCUUCUGGAUGAGGUUGCUGAGGAGGCUCGCGUCAUUGGCGCUGUGAACACGAUCAUUCCAGUUCCGGGAGACAAGGGCCAGCCGACACGGUUGAUUGGACGCAACACCGACUGGCAAGGCAUGGUACGCUGUCUUCGGGAAGCAGGGGCAUAUGGCUCUGAGGGCGACGUUAGUGCACUCGUUGUCGGCGGAGGAGGCACGGCGCGCGCAGCUAUCUACGCUCUGCACAGCAUGGACUACUCCCCCAUCUACGUCCUGGGACGAUCUCCAGCCAAGAUGAAGGAAAUGGUCUCGACGUUCCCAGCGGACUACAAUAUUCGCAUUCUGGAGGAUGCCUCCGGAGUCGACGUCAUCCCGCGGGUGAUGAUUGGGACGAUUCCAGGCGACGGCCCCAUCGAUCCGGGCAUGCGCGAGACCCUGUGCUCCAUAUUCGAGCAAGCCCAGAAGAUCGACGGGGUCUCCAGCGGUCGACGCGAAGAUGCGCCCUCUCGGGUGUUGCUGGAGAUGGCCUACAAGCCUGCGGUGACGCCUCUGAUGCAGCUGGCGAAGGACGCGGGCUGGGUGACGGUGCCGGGUCUGGAGGCCCUCGUUGGGCAAGGAGUGUAUCAGUUCGAAUACUGGACGGGUAUUUCACCGGUCUACGAGGACGCAAGGGUGAGUUCCAUAUCCUCUGCUGCCUGUUGUAAGUAA